AUGGCGCCAACGGAGACGUCGUGGGUUCAGGACAUUGCCGUGGUCGGCAUGUCUUGUCGGUUUCCCGACGAGGCCGACUCCGUCCAAAACUUUUGGGACUUCAUUUGCAAAGGACGGUCCGCAUACUCCGAGAACCCCGAGCGUUGGAAUCCUGAUGCCUUCUGCUUCCCCGGCAAGAAAGCAAACGCUAGCCUGCCUCGAGGGGCGCAUUUCUUGAAGCAGGAUAUUGCCGCUUUCGACGCUAAUUUCUUCAACAUUUCCAAGGUCGAGGCCGAGUCCAUGGAUCCGCAGCAGCGGAUGGCAAUGGAGACUGUGUACGAGGCUAUGGAGAACGCUGGACUUCCAGUCUCCAAGCUUGCUGGUACGCAGACAGGCGUCUGGAUGGGUAACUUCACCAGCGACUAUCGUGAGCAGGUCUUCCGUGACUCUGAGUCGGCACCCAUGUAUACCGCCACUGGUACCAGCAGUACCUCCGUUUCCAAUCGUGUGUCUUGGUUCUUUGACUUCAAAGGUCCCAGCUUUACGCUAGAUACCGCCUGUUCCUCAACAAUGGUUGCCAUGCAUCUGGCUGUUCAGAGUCUCUCUAUCGGCGAAUCCAGCGCCGCCGUCGUGGGUGGUACCAAUCUGCUGCUUAACCCAGAUAUGUUCAUGUACCUCUCGAACCAGCACUUUCUGGCCAAGGAUGGUAAGAGUAAGGCCUUUGAUGAGAGCGCUGAUGGGUAUGGACGUGGAGAGGGCGCCUCCGUCGUAGUCCUCAAGCGCAUGGCGGACGCCCUGGCUAACGGUGAUCCCAUCCGCGCUGUCAUUCGCAGCACCGCCAUCAACCAGGACGGCCACACCAAGGGGCUGACUUUGCCAAGCCCCGACGCCCAGGCGGCGUUGAUCAACGAGGUUUACCACAAAGCGAACCUGUCCAUGGAGGAGACACGCUAUAUCGAAGCUCACGGCACGGGUACUCAAGCUGGAGACAAAUGUGAAACUGAGGCACUCUUCAGAACCAUCUGCAAAUACCGCACCACGUCAGAGCCCCUGCUCGUCGGCUCUGUCAAGGCCAACGUUGGUCACCUGGAGGCUUGCGCCGGGAUGGCCGCGUUCAUCAAAUGCGUCGCCAUUUUGGAGACUGGCAUGAUCCCUCCCACCCCGAGCUGUAAAACGCCCAACCCGGAAGUAAAAUGGAAUGAAUGGAAGCUCAAGGUCCCGACCACUCUCACACGAUGGCCUACUCAGGGGCUCCGCAGGGUGAGCACCCAGGGCUUCGGGUAUGGUGGAACCAAUGGCCAUAUCGUGAUGGACGACGCCUACCACUAUCUUGAGGCACGGAGCUUAAGGGGAGUCCACAACACCAAGCUGCUCGGGUCUCUGCAGUCUGCCAUCUCCAACAGCGCCAAGGACUGGAAUAGCAGCCCUAGCAAUCCCAGGGGCCAACCUUUGAUCUUUUGCCUCAGUGCACAGGACAAGGAAGGAUUGAAGCGAUUGCGGACAGUGCUGGCCGAUCAUCUUUCCGCUAAGGCAGACGAAUUCCAGGGAAUCUGGGAGAAUGCCGACAACUAUCUCCGCGAUUUCGCGUACACCCUGAGCAAGAGACGUUCACGCCUACAGUGGCAGACUUAUGCCAUCGCUUCCACCAUCGACGGACUGUCCCAGUCGCUACGAGAGCAGCCCUGGUCCCUGCCAGAGGUGCGGAGUGCGACGCAAGUGCCACGGCUCGGCUUCAUCUUCACCGGCCAAGGAGCGCAGUGGGCGCGCAUGGGAGUGGAACUCAUGGAAUACGAGGUCUUCCGCCAGAGCUUCGAAGAAUCGGAUCGGUAUCUGCGCCAGGAACUGGACUGUCCCUGGUCCGCCGUUGAAGAGCUGGCGAGACCGGAUGACUCGUCCAAGUUGGGCCAGGCUGCCUACAGCCAAGCUCUCUGUUCGGUUCUGCAGAUUGCCCUUGUCGACCUCUUGGACUCCUGGAAUAUUUCCCCAUCUGCUGUGGCCGGCCAUUCAAGUGGCGAGAUUGCCGCUGCCUACUGUCUGGGCGCCCUAUCUCGCCAGGAUGCACUCAAGGCGGCCUAUUUCCGGGGUGUUUUGUCUGCGGAGAUGAAAGAAAUUGAUACAUCCAUGCGCGGCGCCAUGAUGGCUGUCGGUGCGACCCCCGUUGCGGCUGCGAAGUGGUUGGAAAAAUUGACAAAGGGCACCGUGGUUGUCGCCUGUGUUAACUCUCCGACCACGAUCACGGUGUCAGGAGAUGCAGCUGGUGUGGAUGAGCUCGAAGUCCAGUUGAAGGAAGCUGGCGUCUUCGCCCGGAAGUUGAAAGUCGACACUGCUUAUCACUCUCCGCACAUGCAGAUGAUUGCAGCGCAGUACUUCGAGGCCAUUGCCGACAUAUCCACCAUGUCAGCUAGGGGCGGCUGUCGCAUGUCGUCAAGUGUCCACGGUUGCGCUAUCAGCUCUGACGAGCUUGGUCCUGUAAACUGGGUCCAAAAUCUUACGUCGACAGUACAGUUCGCUGAUGCUGUGCACGAUAUGAUCCGGCCUUUGAUCGACGAGAAGCGGUCGACGGACAAUGCAAUUGAUAUAUUGGUGGAGGUUGGUCCACAUUCGGCUCUGCAGGGCCCCGCCAGCCAAACCAUGAAGACAUUCGGAAUCUCUGGUGUCCAGUACUCCAGCGUCCUGUCGCGCGGUAAGCAUGGGGUGACCACUUCUCUGAGCUGUGCCGGUGCUCUCUUCGCGGAGGGCGUUCCCGUGGAUAUUAGCAACGUCAACCAAGAUGCGUCGGAUCUCAGAGCCAAAGUGCUGAUUGACCUGCCUGCUUACCCCUGGAACCACUCGAUCAAGUACUGGGCCGAGUCUCGCGUGGGCCGGGAAUACCGCCUGCGCAAACACCCCCAUCUGCCGCUCCUGGGGGCCCCUUGCCCGACCAUGGACGUGCGCGAGAGACUCUGGAGAGGCUAUGUUCGUGUCUCCCAGGAGCCAUGGGUGCGCGAUCAUGUCAUUCAAGGAUCCAUUAUCUAUCCCGCAGCCGGGUUUCUAGCCAUGGCAAUCGAAGGUGCCCGGCAGGAAGCAGAUUCGGACAGGGAGAUUAGCGGGUUCUGCAUGCGAGAUAUCAAGAUUGAUGCCGCACUAGUCAUUGAAGAGGACACAGAGCCAGAGGUGAUCCUAGCUAUACGACCACACUUGACGAGCACACUGGACUCGGGUUCGUCUUGGAUGGAGUUCACUGUCUCAUCUUGCACUGACGGGAACGACCUGCGACAGAACUGCUCUGGGCUGCUGAUGGUGGAAUACGCCUCCGCUACAGGCUCGGCCAUGUCCCUGGAGAGAGACACGGAGAUCGCAGCCAUCCAAGACGACUUCCUCGCCUUGAAAAAGCGGUCCCUGGGGUUGCAAUAUGGGCCCACGUUCGCCAAUAUUACUGAGAUUCAGACGGCUGAGAAUGAAACCCGUUGUGUGAGCACUCUGACAAUCCCCGAGAUCGAAUCCACGAUUCCAGCUUCUCGUCAGAAUCGCCCACAUAUCAUCCACCCGAGCACGCUGGAUGCCAUCUUCCACUUAGCCUUCGCCGCUAUCCACAAUGAACCUGACGCUUUCAGUGGCGCGAUGGUCCCCACACAGAUCGACGAGAUCAUGGUACGGGCUGAUAUUGCGCAUACUCCGGGGACGGUCCUGCAUGGCUACGCCCAUUCCGCCCAGCACGGAUUGCGUGAUAUGUUGACGAAUAUCGAGAUGCUCGAUAGGGCUUCCUCCAAGCCCAUGGUUCGCGUUAAAGGAUUCCGGUGCUCAGAUAUAUCUGGAGCCAGCGCCCAAUCCGACGAUGGUCACGGUGCAACCGGUGUUGUCAAGCCCAUCACUUGUGAAGUGUCAUGGAAACCCGCUAUUGAGAUCUUGAGCUUGGAAGAGCUCCAGGCUGUGGUGGACGGGCAGCCGGAAGAUAUCGCUGCGAAAGAACCGUCGUUGGACCAGGCAGUGCUUACCCUCUUGAAGGAAGUUCUGACCAAUGUGCCCCGAGGGCGGGUAAGCACGCCGUUUCAAAGCUUUUACGACUGGAUUCAGAACCACGUCUCUUCGAGCAGACUACAAUCAGAACCCGUGGGGAGAGGCAGCGACAGCGCUUUCCGUCUGAUCGGAGAGAAUCUCUCGGGCAUCUUACAGGGCCAGGUCAUUGCAUCCAAGAUGCUUUGGAACGACAGUACACUUUUUGGCCGUCUCCUGUCGGAGACUGCGGGCUUUGAGGAAAUAUUGAGAAAAUUAAACGAGUAUCUCAGCCUGGUUCACCAUUCCAAUCCCGGUCUCUCGAUCCUUGAAAUUGAUCUCGGUGGCGGCGAACUCCCCCCCGUAUCUCUGGUGUCUAAACUCAAAGACGCAGCAAAGUUCCUGGAAACAGGACAGUACACCUUAUCAGGCGGACACGAGAGCUUACAGGCGGCUGCUGACCAGUUUGGCUCCUUGAAAAGCCGGGUCCACAUCGAUGUGCAAGACAUCGGAAAACUUGAGACAACGGCAUCUCAACAGAAAUUCGAUUUCGUUUUGUUGUUUAAUACCAAGUUAGCCACUUCCAGCCCAGGCCCUAUCGUUGCCAACGCCGUGAAGCUGUUGAAGGAGACAGGUCGCAUUUGCAUUGUCGACAUUGACCAGCCACAGUUACAGCUGGGGACGAUCCUAGGAAGCAUUCAGGGGGACAGAUGGUUGGAUAAGGCCUGUCAGCCCUGGUUGGAGCGAGCUGGCCUCACGAACCAUUUUGCCCUUGAAGAUAGCCAGAAGCAGUUCCGCUUGACAGUCGCUGCGGCUCAAGCACCGAGCCCAGCUAUCAGCAUCCCUGCAAAGGAGAUCUUCCUCGUCGAGGCAUGCGAGCCGUCGCCCGCUGCUCAGGAGGUGGCAUCUCAGAUCUGCCGGGAGCUUGAGAAGCUCUCAAUACGUACUAUCCCCUUCCGAUGGGGAUCAGAUGUUGCUCAGCUGCACUCUAAGUCGUGUAUUGUUCUCACCGAUCUUGAAAAGGCUUUACUCCAGGACGUCUCUAGUGCCGACUUCCACGCCGCUCAGCAGAUGAUCCUCCAAGCGGAAGGUCUCCUUUGGGUCAGUGGUGCCUUGGGCCCGGACUCUCACUUGAUUAGUGGUCUGGCGCGCAGUGUGCGCAACGAGGUUGCUGGUAUCAAGUUUCGAACACUUCAGGUUAAUGGCACGCCGCUCGAAUUCUCCCAUGAAUUUGCAAGCAUGAUACUCCGAGUCCUCCAAUCUUCCCUCGCGGACGACGAAUUCAUUUCUGACGGGGGUAUCAUCAAAGUCAGUCGCAUGUUAGAGGACCGACGCCGGAAUGAGAUCCUGGCGACAAUGCUCGGCAAGCGAGACAGCACAGCAGAGAUGAUGCCGCUGGAUGCUACCCCUGGUCCAGUAAAGCUGGGUAUCAGUAAUCCCGGUAUGCUAGAUUCGCUCUGGUUUGAGCCGGAUACUAGUCCAGAGAUACCCCUAGCACCUGACGAAAUUGAAGUUCAGGUGAAAGCAUCAGGAGUCAACUUCCGCGAUGUUAUGGUCGCGAUGGGCCAAAUUCCCGAUAAGCUGUUCGGGUUCGAGGCUGCCGGACUCGUCCGUCGGGUCGGUGAGAAUGUGACAAACGUAGAGAUUGGGGACCGAGUUGCCUUCCUCGGUCACGGAGCUCAUCGCACAAUCUAUCGAGUGCGAGCCCAGUAUGCGAUGCCAAUCCCCGACACCAUGUGCUUCGAAGAAGCAGCCGGGGUGCUGUUGGUCCAUGGCACUGCGUGGUACGCCCUCAUGGAGAUAGCCAAGGCCCAAAAAGGCCAAUCGGUCCUCAUCCACGCGGCAGCUGGUGGUGUUGGCCAAGCAGCAAUUAUGCUCGCCCAGCAUCUGGGCCUGGAAAUAUUUGCGACCGUGGGCUCCGGUGACAAAAAGAAGCUGAUACAAGACCAUUACGGCAUCCCUAACGACCACAUCUUCAACUCCCGGGACCUGAGCUUCGUGAAGGGGGUGAAGCGCAUGACUAGCGGACGAGGUGUUGACGUUAUCCUAAACUCGUUGUCCGGAGAAGCCCUCCGCCAGAGUUGGUACUGCAUCGCCCCCUUCGGCACCUUUGUGGAGAUCGGCAUGAAAGACAUCCUGGGGAAUAUGCGCCUGGACAUGCGGCCCUUCCUCCAAGACGCUAAAUUUGUCUUUUUCAACCUCAACCGCGUCAUGAAGGAGCGUCCCGAGCUGAUGAAUGAGAUUCUGAGUGGGGCGAUGGCUUUGCUCAGCUCCGGGGCCACACACCCCGUCCAGCCCCUGACCGUUUACCCCAUCUCUCAGAUGGAAGAUGCUUUCCGUCUCAUGCAGGCUGGCAAGCAUCGUGGGAAGCUAGUCUUGACCUACUCUGCCUCCGACGUGGUUCCUGUCGUCAGCUCCGCCCCUCGCGCUGUCCAGCUGGAUGAAAUUGGCUCUUAUAUCCUUGUGGGUGGACUUGGUGGACUCGGCCGCAGCUUGUGUCAGCACUUUGUGCGUAUGGGAGCAAGGAAGCUCUGUGUCCUCUCUCGUUCAGGAACUGCUAGCAUAGAUGCGCAGAGGGUGAUCGAAAAUCUCCAGCAGGAAGGAGUCCAGGUGCUUGUCAUUCGAUGUGAUGUAUCAGACCCCAAGUCUACAGCCGAUGCCAUCGCAAAAUGUGCUACGGAGCUCGGCCCUGUCCGCGGGGUAGUUCAAGGCGCCAUGGUCCUUCGCGACGCUCUCUUUGAGAAGAUGAACUAUGACGAAUGGAAGGAGUCGACCCGUCCGAAGGUGCAAGGCUCGUGGAACCUGCACACCAACCUUCCCGACGUCGAUUUCUUCCUCACGCUGAGUUCGUUUGCGGGUGUCUUUGGUAACCACGGUCAAAGCAACUAUGCAGCGGCGGGAGCAUACGAAGAUGCCCUUGCACAAUAUCGACGCUCACAAGGUCUCAAAGCCGUUACAUUAGACCUCGGCAUCAUGCGUGACGUCGGCGUUCUCGCUGAGACUGGGCUCACCGACAAUCUGCGCGAAUGGGCAGAGCCAUGUGGCAUUAGAGAGGCUGAAUUUCACGCCCUGGUCGAAAACGUACUAGCUGGAGAGCUGGAUAACCCUGGCCACACUCCUGCCCAGAUCCCAACUGGAUUUGCCACCGGGCGAACGGUUCAAGAUACCGGAAUCAGCCGACCCUGGUAUUUUGACGACUCACGAUUCUCAAUCCUGGCCCUGACCGGCAGCCAAGUUGCGCAGGCUGCCUCCAUCGCCGAGGCAAGCGCGGCUGUGAUGGACGCUCUUGUCGCGCGCGUGGCCAAAUCGCUGCAGAGCGCCGUGUCGGACAUUGACACUUCGAGACCGCUGCAUGCGUUUGGCGUGGACUCGCUCGUUGCAGUCGAAGUGGCCAACUGGGUUUUCCGCGAAAUCAAAACCAGGGUGACCGUGUUUGAAAUCCUCUCGAGUGUCCCUAUCUCGACACUGGCGGAGAAGAUCGCGCUUAAGUCAAGUCUGCUUCCCCAGAUGGCUUCAAAUGAGUAG